AGCAAUCUACAACUACGAUGCUGUCCAAGAUGUGGAGCUCUCCUUGCAAGUCGGCGACACCGUUCACAUUUUGGAGAUGUAUGAAGGCUGGUACCGAGGAUACACACUCCGAAAUAAAUCUAAGAAGGGCAUUUUCCCCGAAACGUAUAUCCAUUUAAAAGAGGCAAUCGUGAAGGACCGGGGACAACAUGAAACAGUGAUUCCAAGUGAGUUGCCCCUCGGCCAAGAACUGACAUCUACCCUGAGGGAGUGGGCAGUUAUCUGGCACAAGUUAUAUGUGGACAACAAGACGACGCAGUUUCGGCACGUCCAACAGAUGACUUACAGCCUGAUAGAAUGGAGGUCACAGAUACUGUCUGGGACUCUUCCCAAAGAUGAGCUGGCUGAGCUCAAGAAGAAAGUCACCGCUAAGAUUGACUAUGGCAACAGGAUUCUAGGUUUGGACCUGGUUGUACGAGAUGACAAUGGGAACAUCUUGGACCCAGAUGAAACCAGCACAAUCUCUCUCUUCAAGUCCCAUGAAACUGCCUCCAAAAGGAUUGAGGAAAGAAUCCAGGAAGAGAAGUCCCUGCAACAGAAUUUGGACCUCCGAGGGCAGCCAAUAUUCAACACGACACAUACGUACAGCCUGUAUGUAAACUUCAAGAAUUUUGUCUGCAAUAUCGGAGAAGAUGCAGAGCUGUUAAUGAGCCUCUAUGAUCCUGACCUCUCCAAAUUCAUCAGUGAAAAUUACCUGGUCCGUUGGGGCAGUAAUGGGAUGCCUAAAGAAAUCGAGAAACUAAAUAACCUUCAAGCAGUCUUUACUGAUUUAAGCAGUUCUGACUUGAUCAGACCGAAAAUCAGCUUGGUGUGUCAGAUUGUGAGGGUGGGGCAUAUGGAGCUGAAAGAUGGGAAGAAACAUACCUGUGGACUCCGGAGACCCUUUGGCGUGGCAGUGAUGGACAUAACUGAUAUCAUACACGGAAAGGUGGAUGAUGAAGAAAAGCAACAUUUUAUUCCGUUUCAGCAGAUUGCCAUGGAAACAUACAUCAGACAGCGACAGCUAAUCAUGUCCCCACUGAUAACUUCCCAUGUGAUCGGAGAAAAUGAGCCCCUCACUUCUGUCUUCAACAAAGUCAUCGCUGCAAAGGAAGUGAAUCAUAAAGGGCAAGGUCUUUGGGUCUCCCUGAAACUGCUUCCUGGCGAUCUAGCGCAGGUUCAGAAGGAUUUUUCCCACCUUGUAGACAGAUCAACUGCUGUGGCUCGCAAAAUGGGAUUCCCUGAGAUAAUCCUUCCUGGUGAUGUUCGAAAUGAUAUUUAUGUCACCCUGAUACAAGGGGAGUUUGACAAGGGGAAGAAGAAGACUCCCAAGAACGUAGAAGUCACCAUGUCUGUACACGAUGAAGAUGGCAAUCUCCAAGAGAAAGCUAUCCAUCCUGGUGCCGGUUACGAAGGCGUCUCCGAAUACAAGUCUGUUGUUUAUUAUCAAGUCAAGCAGCCUUGCUGGUAUGAAACUGUAAAGGUGUCCAUUGCAAUAGAAGAAGUCAGUCGUUGCCAUUUAAGAUUCACUUUCCGUCAUCGGUCAUCACAGGAGUCUAGGGAUAAGUCUGAGAGAGCUUUUGGCAUGGGCUUUGUGAAGCUGAUGAACGCAGAUGGAACAACACUGCAAGAUGGCAAACACAAUUUGAUUGUUUAUAAGGGUGAUAACAAGAAAAUGGAAGAUGCUAAAUGCUACUUAACUCUUCCUUGUACCAAAACGGAGAUAGAGGAGAAGGAGGCCCCCUCGGGGAAAAAUCUGCACCACCUAGCCAACUUCACACCCACUAAAGAUAGUACAAAAGACAGCUUCCAGAUUGCCACUUUGAUCUGCUCCACCAAACUCACCCAGAACGUUGACCUGCUGGGUUUGUUGAACUGGCGUUCUAACUCUCAGAACAUAGCUCACAACCUGAGGAAGCUCAUGGAGGUGGAAGGAGGAGAAAUUGUCAAGUUUUUGCAAGACACCCUUGAUGCACUUUUCAAUAUAAUGAUGGAAAUGUCAGAAAAUGAAACCUAUGACUUCCUUGUGUUUGAUGCACUGGUAUUUAUUAUUUCUUUGAUCGGAGACAUCAAGUUCCAGCAUUUCAACCCUGUACUUGAAACUUAUAUUUACAAGCACUUCAGUGCGACCCUGGCGUACGUGAAACUCACCAAAGUACUGAACUGUUAUGUGGGAAACGCUGAUGACUCCAGCAAGACAGAAUUGCUGUUUGCUGCUCUGAAAGCCUUGAAGUACCUAUUCCGGUUCAUUGUUCAGUCACGAAUACUGUACCUGAGUUUUUAUGGGAAAAGUGAAGAUGGGAAUGAAUUUAAUGAUGCAAUACGCAAGCUGUUCCUCUCCUUCAAUGUCCUCAUGGACCGGCCUUUAGAGGAGGCUGUCAAGAUUAAGGGUGCAGCUUUAAAGUAUUUGCCAAGCAUCAUAAAUGAUGUCAAACUAGUAUUUGAGCCCGUUGAGCUCAGUGAACUGUUCAGCAAGUUUAUCCAAAGUAUUCCUGACAACCAGUUAGUUCGACAGAAGCUGAACUGCAUGACCAAGAUAGUGGAGAGUGACCUCUUUAAACAGUCUGAAUGCAGAGAUGCUCUUCUGCCACUGCUAAUAGAUCAGCUAAGUGGCCAGUUGGAUGACAAUUCAAACAAGCCUGACCACGAGGCCUGCUCACAGCUACUUAGCAAUGUUCUUGAAGUCCUGGAUCGGAAAGAUGUGGGUCCCACUGCUGACCACAUCAAGCUGAUCAUGGAACGCCUGCUAAGGAGAAUAAACCGCACAGUGAUUGGAAUGAGCAGACAGUCUCCACACAUCGGUAUUUUUGUGGCCUGCAUGACAGCCAUCCUGAGGCAGAUGGAUGAUUCCCAUUACAACCAUUACAUCAAUACUUUCAAAACCAGGCAGGACAUUAUUGACUUCCUGAUGGAAACAUUCAUUAUGUUUAAGGAUCUGAUUGGAAAAAAUGUCUACGCAGCUGACUGGAUGGUCAUGAAUAUGAUGCAGAGCAGGGUUUUCCUCCGGGCAGUGAACCAGUUUACCUCUGUACUCAACCGUUUCUUUCUGGAUGAAACAAAUUUUGAACUCCAGCUCUGGAAUAACUAUUUCCAUUUGGCAGUGGCCUUUCUUACUCAUGAGUCCCUCCAGCUGGAGACCUUCUCACAAGCCAAACGCAACAAAAUUAUCAAGAAGUAUGGGGACAUGAGGAAAGAAAUUGGCUUCAAAAUAAGGGAUAUGUGGUAUAACCUGGGUCGCCACAAAAUAAAAUUCAUUCCAGCAAUGGUGGGCCCAAUCCUGGAGGUAACCCUGGUCCCAGAGCCUGAGCUACGGAAGGCUACCAUUCCCAUCUUCUUUGAUAUGAUGCAGUGCGAGUUUAACUUCAGUGGGAACAGAAACUUCCAUAUGUUUGAAAAUGAGUUGAUAACCAAGCUGGACCAGGAGGUGGAGGGUGGCCGAGGGGAUGAGCAGUACAAGAUUUUGCUGGAGAAACUCCUCCUGGAGCACUGUCGGAAGCAUAAAUAUCUGUCUUCCUCUGGAGAAAUGUUUGCUUUGCUGGUCAGCAGCCUGCUAGAGAACUUGCUGGACUACAGGACCAUCAUGCACGAUGAAAGCAAGGAGAACCGCAUGAGCUGCACUGUCAACGUGCUGAAUUUUUAUAAGGAAAAGAAACGAGAGGACAUUUAUAUCAGGUAUCUGUAUAAACUCCGGGACCUGCACACAGACUGUGAGAACUUCACAGAGGCAGCGUACACUCUCCUCCUCCACGCAGAGCUGCUCCAGUGGUCCGAGAAGCCAUGUGUCCCUCACCUCCUCCAGAGGGACAGCUACUACGUCUACUCACAACAGGAACUCAAGGAGAAACUCUACCAAGAAAUUAUCUCCUUCUUUGACCGGGGCAAAAUGUGGGAAAAAGCCAUUCAACUAAGCAAAGAGUUGGCUGACAUGUAUGAAAACAAGAUCUUUGAUUAUGAGGGACUCGGUAAUCUCCUGAAAAAACGAGCUACUUUUUAUGAGAAUAUUAUGAAGGCGAUGAGACCACAACCAGAGUACUUUGCUGUUGGAUACUAUGGUCAGGGUUUCCCCUCUUUCCUCCGGAAUAAAAUUUUUAUCUACCGUGGCAAAGAGUAUGAACGAAGGGAGGACUUCAACCUGAAGCUCUUGACCCAGUUUCCUAGUGCUGAGAAGAUGACCAGCACUGCCCCUCCAGGAGAAGAGAUCAAGUCUUCUCCUAAACAGUAUGUGCAGUGCUUUAUUGUGAAGCCUGUGAUGAACCUGCCACCUAAUUAUAAAGAUAAACCUGUUCCUGAACAGAUCUUAAACUACUACAGAGCAAACGAGGUGCAGCAGUUCACACACUCCCGACCGGUCAGGAAAGGAGAAAAAGAUCCAGAAAACGAGUUUUCUAAUAUGUGGAUAGAAAGGACAACCUACACGACAGCGUAUUCUUUUCCAGGCAUCCUCAAGUGGUUUGAAGUCAAACAGGUUACAACGGAAGAGGUCAGCCCCUUGGAGAAUGCCAUAGAAACGAUGGAGCUAACCAAUGAGAAAAUCAGCAACAUUGUCCAGCAGCAUGUCUGGGACCGGAGUCUUCCUGUACAUCCUCUCUCUAUGCUCCUGAAUGGGAUUGUGGACCCCGCAGUCAUGGGGGGAUACACCAACUACGAAAAGGCCUUUUUCACAGAGAAGUAUCUUCAAGAACGACCUGAAGAUCAAGAUAAAAUUGAACUGCUUAAGCACCUAAUUGCUCUACAGAUGCCGUUGUUGGCAGAAGGGAUUAGGAUCCACGGUGAGAAGCUGACAGAACAGCUGAAGCCUCUGCAUGACAGGCUGACAGCCUGUUUCAGGGAGCUGAAGAAGAAGGUGGAGAAGCAGUAUGGUGUGAUAACUUUGCCUCCCUCCCUCACCGAAAGGAAACAGAGCAGGUCAGGCUCUGUCGUGUUGCCCUAUAUCAUGUCUUCCACGCUGAGACGGCUCUCUGUCACAUCCGUGGCGUCUUCUGUGGUCUCUUCAUCUUCCACGUCAUCUGAUAGCACUUCCUCCAGACCGGGUUCAGAUGGAUCCAUUCUGGAGCCUCUCUUGGAGAGAAGAAUCUCAACAGCUUCCAGAGCUGAGGAGCUGCCCAUGAAAGAGGAUGGUGAUAACCGGAUUAGCAAACUCAAGCGGAAGGACUGGAGUAUUAGCAAGUCUCAGGUUAUUGUAGAGAAGGAGCCAGAAACGGAACUGACUUCCAAAAUGGGCAUGUCAGGAAAAGCACAAAGGCCAAAGAGUCUUCAGCUAGGAGACAACAGACUGACUUUGCUUCAGGGUUCUUCUCUCCAGCAAUCAACGCCUCGCACCCCACCACCCAUCACUCCCAAAACCCCAAGAACCCAAAGUUUUCCCUCACUGCAGGCUGAUGGAUUGGCAAAUGCUAGUUUACAGAGCACUCCGCCCCCACCUCCGCCCAAAAGCAAACCCUACGAGAACAGCAACCCGAGGAAUUCUGUGGAGGUUGCUCCACCACUACCCACCAGACGUGAAGCCAAACCUCCCCCCCCACCCCCAAAAACCAGAAAAUCCAGCGUUGUCUCUUCAGAGCAAGGACUGCAGUGAGGAUCAUCACUUGCUGGCGUAGCAGCAAGCGCCUAGAGUGAAACGGCUGCUUUCUUUCACUGACACACCGGGGCUCUCUGACCCGAAAGACUCGCGAUCUCACCUGCCAUUCCAUUCACCCCCCUCAGAGAUUUCUCUGGGAAAUACCAAAAGGAACUAUUGUUGUGACUCUAUUCCCUAACCUCUGGUUUACCUUUCCAGUACUGAGACACUAAUCACAGAGCAGGAGGAGUCGUCCUACUGGAAUUCUUGGCUUUGUCUGUCCUGAGUUGGUUUUGUUUCACUGAUGCAAUUGCAGCGGCUCAUUCCUAGUGUAAAUCUGUCACGGUAGUGAUUUGCACCAGUGUUUGGAACAAGGUAAGCCACACCAGGGUGAGAAGUGCCCUGCAGGAUUUUCACAGGGACUUUGCAGCCGUGCUGGCGCAGGGGUCCCGUCCCGGAGCGUCACCAAGCCCCGCUUGUGUGAAGUGAAGCAGAUCCCAGCCGCUCCGGGCUGUGAAGUGUCGGCUCCUGAGACGUCAGGUGCCCGUGUAUGAUGUGCAGUCUCCUAAGAUUUUUGAUUGCAGGCAGAGACCUGAGCUCUGUUAGCGGAACGAGAACUCUUUUUUUUCCUGCUAGUCGUCAUAUGUAUUUAGGAUGAAGUGCAGACCUUCUGCCUUCCACCGUCUCUUCGAGUAGUGGCAGUUGCUCGCUCCCAAUGGAGAGUUUAGGUUCACCAGUACUUUGUCAUAAUUUCACUGUUGAUUCUGGUUUUAACACUAUAGAGCAGUUGAUACUCCUCCCUGAAUUAUGUUACCUCCUUGGUUUGUGCUUGCAUCUGGGACCUGGUACGAUAUUUCAUCUUUGUGCCUUUUAGUAGGGUGUAAAAAGUUGCGUCUCCUGUGAAUGUGUGAGAAGAAUAGAAGCUGCGUUGAUACCAGCACUGUGCUGGUACCAGCGACUUGGAGAGGGUGGAGUAUGCAAAACUAGUUACACAUCCUGACCUCAACAACAGUCUGAUAGCUACUGAAACCUUUACUUUGACUGGACAAAUUCACACAAAUAUAAAUCAUUCUCCUCCUCUUUCUUUUCCUGCACCCAUUUGCGGCAGUACUUGCACUUUGUUUUGUAGCCUCCCUUGAUCUAAGUUUUUAACAGCCACUAGACCAAGGAGCCAUUUAGAUCUGGGAUGCAUGUGAAAGACUUGACAAUUAACCACCUGCUUUCCUUUGGCUUGGGUUAGUCCAGCUCUCUGCAGCUUUUCUUACCUUGGAGGGUGGGAUAAUCUCUUUAAUUUUUCUUUUAAUUAUUUAUUCCCUGCUCUGUCGGGAUGUCAGCAUCAGUCUUUGCAUAGAGAGAAAAAAAUGAGAUGCUCUUAGGUUCUACUGGUUUUAAAUUCACAGGAUCCACGCAGGCAAAGGCUGCUGUGCACUGUUAGAACAGCCUGGCCUCACAGUUGCGUUGUGACCGAAGCUUCAACACAAAUACCAUUGUUAUUUAUGGACCAGGUGGGCCU